AGCAUCAUAUCACCAAGUGUCUUUGACAAAGCAGUAGUAGAACUCAAAACUAAAGUAAUCAUGAACAAAAUCGUGAUCCUUCUGAUCGCCAGUGUUGCGUCAGUUGCUGUAGCAGCGCCAUCUGGUCUUCUGUACGGCCACCACGGGGUUGGUCUUGGUGGUCCCGUAUUAGGGCCAUCAGCACUUUCUGGGCCUGUUGUUGGAUCUGCAGCACUUGCUGGACCCGCUGUUGGACCACAAAGAAUAUCCGGUGCUGUCGAUGGUGGCGCUGUUGUAACUGGAUCAGUUGCUGGACCAUCUGUUGUCUCUGGUAGCGUCGUCGGUGGCACUGCUGUCGUGGAACCUGGAUAUGGAUUCGCUGGCUACGGAUUAGGACACGGUCUUGGUCUUGGUCUUGGUUAUGGAGCUGGACAUGGUCUUGGUCUUGGUUAUGGAGUCGGACAUGGUUGGGGAUACGGUGCUCACGGAGCCGUACUUGCUGGACCAGCAGUAGGACAUGCUGCCAUUUCUGGGCCUGUAUCACUGCCAGCUGUAGUAGCCGGACCAUCUGGUAGCAUCGUUUCUGGAUACGGUCAUGGAUUGGGUCACUGGGGACAUUAAUUUAUUACUUUGUUGACCUAUAUGGACCACGAAAAAAAUGUUGACUGUUACAUAUUGACCUCACGCUAAAUAAAUGCCAUGAUCUCUUUUAUAUGUUCUUUACCGCAAUUACCUCUUUUUAUAUGGUCUUCUGUAUUCUUAUAUUUUGUGUAUAUAUAUAAUUAUACAUUUUAUAUAUGUUUAAAUACAAUUGAAAUUAAAACAGAAAUAAAUGCAUAACUUGAGAAAGAAAAAAAAA